GACGUAGCAACAGCUGAUCAAUGUUUUCCUCGGAUUGAACGGCGUUCGAUUGUCGCGGACCGUCUUUGUCGACGUUCGUCCUUGUUGGCCCGUGUCUUUGUCGUCGGCUCUCAUGAACGCCGUUUAGCCUCCGUACCAAAGGGGAGCCGGUCCCGCGGGUUUGUCGGCGCCCGACGCCCCUUUCCCCUCUCGACAAAAACAUACGGCUCGGCGGCCGUCUUUCCUCCCGAUUCUUCUCGUAGGAGAGCCAUGCCAGCGGAAAUACGACCGGGUUACGACUACGGAAUGUGCACCGCCUCGUAGCCGAUGGAGAUGAGCCGAUCGGAUUAUUUGCCUCUGCACCACCACCACCCUAAAAAAGGGUUCGUCGUCAAAGUCCCAAUCGCCAAAGUAGCCUGGAUCACUUGUUUGAUGCCGUUCACUGCUUUCAUCUUCUGCAUCAUUUGGUCCCUCAUGUACAAUUUCGAAGAUUCGACCUUCACCCACUGCAAGGUCCAAAACUUUCUUCCUUCAAUUUCUGCUGCGAUAGGCAAUUACAAGACACAGAGAUUUGUGUGGGGUACAGCGAUUGCAAUGCACUCGGGCCCGAGGUUCAUGUUUGCAGCAGUCUACAGGCAAUAUUACCGAGAUGUGUUAAACAUAAAGGCUCAGAAACUUGCACUGACAGCUUGCGUAUUAAGCGUAAUAGAAAACAUUGCCCUCAUAGGGCUAACAUUUAUAACAUCUGCCUACAAUUAUGCGAUUCACGAAAAGUGUUUUAUGACUUUCAUGGUCACUUCUGAACUCUACAUGGCUAUAACCUGCUACCUCUUGACGAGGGAAAGACGGAUACCAGCUGACAACAUGGAGAGUAGGUCGUUGAGAUAUAAAUACCAGCUUCUUGCCAUCAACAUGACCUCUUUUGCUGCGGCGGGGUAUUUUUUCAUCAGACACAACCGACACUGUGAGCCAUAUGUGUAUUCUGCAUUUGCGUUUUUUGAGUACAUCGUGGUGGUGACCAACAUGGCAUUUCACACGACAGUCUGUUUAGACUUCCACGCGAGGUCUCUGCUCAUCGAUUCAAACGGGCUGGAAGUGGUUAGCUGACUAUCACUGGAACGGUGGGAGCCAGCAGGAUAACAGACGGCCCCGGGGGCAGCGGCUGACAUCCAGGCGGGAGUCGGUGAAAACGGCGGGGGGAUUUACGUCACCCUGGUCGAGCCACUGCCGCCUCUGCCCCCGCCGCUGCCUCCACAGGAAGAGCCGGAUGAUAGCGUUUAUGGUUUCGGGGCUGAGUGGCUUCUUGCUGUCGACUGCCGCACGAAUUGGAGGUUUAGCCAGAACAACUACGUCAUAUCCGUACUUAAGUCCUGAUGCUUCAAGCAAGCAGGUUGUCCAGUGUGAGUUCACUUAACGUUAUUCUGGAUUUUAAAAUAGUGUAUCCAGGAGACUGAUUGUUUAUUUAAUACGAAAAUGAACAUUCCAAGAGAAAAUGUGUUUUCCUCUCAAGAUUUUAACAAACGGGUAUUUCUUAAGGGGGAUAGGUUAACAAAUGUGUUAACCUCAAUAGUUUAGGACUAAGAUCUCAUUCAAGAUAUAAACUAUUUCAUCAAUUUAUUAUAUGUCCACUCCCUUUAAUAUUUGAAAAUAACUUAUAUAAAAAACAAAAAGUGGUUAUAUCCCGUUUUUUCCUAUUUAUAUUUGUCACUGUUCAUGCAUAUUUUUCACUUUCAAGAUUUAUAAUUGCAGUUAAGUCAUCAGUAAACAAAAACCUGUUUGUUUUGUGUGAUUUUAUAUUGAUUAUAAUUGUUACUUAAUUUUUUUUUACGGUUUGGGAUGUUUGGGGGCAGUUUUUUGCAGUAUUGAUUUGUUACUUCAGUAUAUAAAUUGUGAUAUUUAUAUUUUCAGCAAAUUAUGAAUUUGCGCGUUUCAUUCAAUUUAACAUCGAGUUCAUGCUUAAUUGGUUUGAAGAAAAUAUUGUUUUGUAUUUUGUGUAAAAUGUUGAACUGUUACGAUCAUAUUAUUCACUUAUAUUUCACAUUACACCAUUAGUUCGGAUUGGGGGGGGGGGGUUGUUAUACUGUAAUUAAGCUUGGUAUGCUUUUGUCGAAUUGUAGUGUCAAAUGGAAUAACACAAUUGAAGGAGGAGAUUACAAUUGUACCAUAACUACUGAUUUUAAAUACACUGCUGAGCAGUCCAAUUAAACAUUUGUAUAAUAAAAAAAUAUAUUCAUUAGUGUAUAAAUUAUUCAUUAUGUAUUGUGAGUAUUAAUUGAAAAAUAAUUUUAGUUUUAAUAUCCAAUUGAUGCUUUGUGAUACUUUUGUUUUCCUUUGGGGGAAAAAGUUUCAACAAUUUUUUAUGGUUGUCUUCAAAUUCACCUGCUCCUUUCAGGAGCCGACCUUUUUAAAAGAAAAUAUAUUUUUAUAAAAAUAUUGAACAAAAGGAGUCAUUUUAGUAAUAUAGAUCAUUUUGUGAAUCGAAAUUUUAGGCAAAAACAAGAGGAAAAUUAAAGAUUAAAUUUGAUUUUAAUUGAACCCUAUUACUUUGUUCUUCCAUGCCCUUUUUUUUCUUAACUUAAAACUUACAUCUGCUGAAUUUUCAACUUUGUUUGCUUUUAAUGUCACAAAAAUCAAAAUUGAAUGACUUUUAGUUACUUGUUGUGAUAUAUAAACAGUAUAAACUUUUUUAUUUUUUCUGUUAUGCUUUUAUUUAUGUUUAAUUAAAUAUAUUGGUUGAUUGGUGUGUUAAUUAUGCAAAUAAAAAUAACAAGAAUUAUUUUAUUAUUGCUCAAAAGUAUUUUUUAUGAAUGUUAAGAAACCAAAGCCACUGCCAAUUAAAGGGCUUGAAUUGUUUUCAAACCUUUAUGUACAAAAUUAUGUUUUAAAUUUGAGUGCAAAACUAUUCUGCAGAGAUUGUUAAGAAAUACAAGAAAAGUGACAGCAAUUUAAAAAAAGGGCAAAUGUUUCUUGUUUUUCUUAAAAAUAGUAUAAUUUGGAACUUUAUAGCUUAGAAGUGUUUUUCGUGUACAUGAAAGUAUUUUUGAUGUUACGUUUCAAAAGUAGAAUCAGUUUUGAAUUUUUUUUUGUAAAAUAAUGAGGCUGUUAAAAGAGGAAAUAAUUUCUUCCAUGGAUGCAAUACUUCCAGCUAUAUUUUAUUGAAAGAAACUUUGUAUAUAAUAAUUGUUCUACAUAAAAAUCUGUCCAAACUGGUCUCAUCUCUUUGUAUCGAUUGACUUUUGAUUUAGAACAUGGUUAUUGUUAGUUGUACAUUAAAAAAAAUAGAAAUACAUGUGUAUAUAGGACCAAAGAUAGAUGCACUUAAAUGUUAUUUAAAUAUGGAAUUUUAGAAAUUAUCAUAAGCUGUGUCUUUAUAAAGUGCCUAUUGCCACAAAUUGAUUAUAGACAUCCUUGUUUCAUCUUCAUUCAUUUAUUUUCUUCCAUAAUUCAGUGGGCGUUCAAUUUACAGGAACAGUUAGCUGUUACAACAUGUAUUUAAUAUUUGCAUAUAAGAUAUACGUUUUCACACUGAUUUAUCCAUGUUCAUAUUAAGCAAUCUUGAUUUUUAUGUGACCAUUUUAUUAUAGAUAUUAUUAAGAAAAAAGAAAAAAAAAAAAAAAGAAAA